CCCUCGUUCAGGAUUUGGGGGGGAAGGUGGGGGGCUGCGCUUCCCCAGACGGACCACGGGGCGCAGUCUCCGAGGGGAUUCGCGACACGGGAGAGGCGCGAUCAGACAGACUUAGCGGCGGCCAUCAAGCGCCAACCCGACACGUGGAUCGUCUAUAGCGGUCCGGGAAGGCCCGGUCCUCCGGGAGGGGCUGUCGGACGACGACGAUUCCCCCCCCAACAAGCCGAAGGAAACGCGGGGAAACACGGGAGAGGCUGCGAGGGCGGGUCUCACGAGCGUCGCCCAGAGCGCAUGGCGCGGCAACCUCCAGCCCCGCUUCCAGGCCCGGCCGCGUUCCCCUCCGGCGCACUCCGAUGACGCUACCGCGGGCCGCCUCAACGGCUUCCGGCGGAGAACCGUCACUUCCGGGCAGUGAGGCGCGGCGGCCGCCAUCUUGGGCGGCUGCGGGAGGCGGCGGCCGGGUGGGCGCGCGCGAUCGGCGGCGACGCUGCCGCUCUGUUUUCCCCUCCCCUCACCCCCCCCCACCGGCCAUGGCCGGGCAGUUCGACGCGGAGGACCAGGCGAGCUGGUACUGGGGGCGGCUGAGCCGGGCGGAGGCGGUGGAGCUCCUGCAGGGGCAGCGCCACGGCACCUUCCUGGUGCGGGACUCGGGCAGCAUCCUGGGCGACUUCGUCCUCUCCGUCUCGGAGAGCUCGCGCGUGUCGCACUACAUCGUCAAUAGCCAGGGCGGGGGCGGGGCGGGGGCGGCCCCCCCGGCGCCCGGGUUGUCUCCUAAGUUUCGGAUAGGUGAUCAAGAGUUUGACUCUUUACCGGCUUUGUUGGAGUUCUACAAAAUACACUACUUGGACACUACAACAUUGAUAGAACCUGUUUCGAAAUCAAAGCAUAACAGUGAUGCGCAGCUCAGACAGGAAGAAGUUGAAUAUGUGCGUGCUCUUUUUGACUUUAAUGGCAAUGAUGAGGAAGAUCUCCCAUUUAAGAAAGGAGACAUACUGAGGAUCUGGGAAAAGCCCGAAGAGCAGUGGUGGAAUGCAGAAGACGGUGGUGGCAGACGAGGCAUGAUACCUGUUCCUUAUGUCGAGAAGUAUAAACCUGCCUCUGCUGCAGUUUCCCCUCCGAUUGGAAGUAACCAGGAUAGUACCCACCCACAAGCAUUGGGUGGGCCAGAACCAGGUCCCUAUGCCCAGCCUAGCAUCAAUACUCCACUCCCCAACCUUCAGAAUGGGCCAAUACUUGCCCGGGUUAUUCAGAAGCGGGUCCCUAAUGCUUAUGACAAGACAGCCUUGGCCUUGGAGGUUGGUGAACUAGUCAAGGUCACCAAGAUUAACAUGAGUGGCCAGUGGGAAGGAGAGUGCAAUGGCAGACGUGGCCAUUUCCCAUUCACACAUGUCCGGAUGCUGGAUCAACAGAAUCCUGAAGAGGACUUCAGCUGAAAAGGACCCCACUUCUGCCUACGGAUGGGAGCAAGCACCUGGAGUUUCAUUGCUGCAGCAAUGGAGACUGUUUCUUGAGAAAUCAAAAGUAGGGUUGUUUCUGCCAGCAUUCUGGUAUCGAUGAUGAACUGUCCCUGGGACACAACACUCAUGCGGUGCUUGUGAUUUCAGGGCACGGCUUCUGUGCCAAGAGGUAGGUCAAAGACAUUACAUUCCCCCCCUCCCCCAAGAGUAGGACAAGAAUGCUACCCAGGGCUGUGGAGCUCAGGCUUUGCCAGUUGCAUGGCUUUCUCUGUAGGUAGAUAAUAACCUGAUUGGCUUGAUAGGACAUUCAUGGCUUGCUAGCCUAAAUAUUCCUCUGGAUCUGAUAUAUAUUGCAAUUUCUGUCUCAUAACUGCUUGUUGCAAAAUGAGUACACUAUGCACCGCUCUGGUCUAUUUUCUAAGUGUAUUUUGAUACUGGGAUAGCUGGAGCUUAAUGAUUAUAUUUUGGAUGCAUUAGGGCGAAGUCUGCUCAUUAUUGUGAGUUCCAGAAAUUUGUCUUUAGUACAGACAUAGCAAGUAGCUGAUUUAAUUUCAGAGAUAGAUGUUAAUGGAUAUUAAAUAUUGGUGGAAUGUUAAGCUUCCCUUAAAGUGCAGAGAACUAUGUUCAUUGUACUUUUUUAAUUGCCGACUUGUCUGAGCACUACACUCCAAAGCAUUAGCCAACUGUAGGAAGAGAUGAGUGCCUGAAAAUUUCUUUUUAGUACUGUCUACUUACUCCCUAUAUCAAGGCAAAUAUUGCUAUGAUAAAUGAAAAUGCCAAAUACUUUCUUCUAUAAAUGGUUGCUUUCAAACUGGUUCAAUCUGCAAAGCAUUCAUAUGGUGGUUUCAUGAACUUAUUUUUAAUAAACUAAUGAAAAUACUAAAAUACUUUUGGAUUGAUUCUAAAACGUGAAUAGUUUAUACACACAAUAUCUUUCCACUACUCAUGACUUGAACAAACCUGUUUUUUCUACUAACGUUUCCCAGACUGCUUGUUGCCAAGUUUCUUUUUAACUUAAUAUUGCUAGAAAAAGAAUAAACUUUAAGCAACAAGAUUUCCUUUGUUAUCAAAAUGAGCCUGCCCGAUACUCUUCCCAAAAAUGAACUGCAGGUAUGUCAUACACCAUCUCCUAUUCCAUUAAUGAAGGAGGAAAAUGUCCUUUAUUGCUUAUGUAAUAGUGCCGUUCUGUUCUUGCUUUAAGAAUAUUGAAAUGGCUAGAUCCCACUUACCUGUCAGGGAAAUCCCAUGCACCCCUCCCCCCCCCCAAUAAUCAAUUAGAAUAUGAACAAAGCGGUCAAUCCCUAUAUUUACAUAAAGUUGCAUUACCCAUAAAGGGCUGGGUCUAAGUAUAUUUUUCAGGGGAGUUGGCAGUAGAUUAUGGAAUGUACUACCCAAUCAUCCUUAGUUGUUAAGUCAGCUUUUCAACAUAAUGGAAGUGUGUAGAUCCCAAUUUCUAUGGAUCCACAGAUGGGAAUGGUCCAUUCCCUAGUAAAAUGGUUAUCCAUUGGUGACACUAUGCAAAGCACUGCCGCCCAGUGGAUCACAUAGGCUGGGAGAUUAGAUUUGUUCAGAGAACUGAGUGCUUAGCACAAAGUCUCAACUACAUUUCUCAAGGUCUUGGGAAAGGCAGCAGUGCCACCAGCUGCCUUUUUUCCUAAUGCAUUCUUGGAAACCAGAGAAUCUCCAAUUGAGGUUGGUUGAUUUUCUGUACUCUUGCAGGAAGUACCUCUUAAAGAGAUAUACAGAAGUUUUAUUUAACAGGAUACGCUGCAUUAAAGUAGAAAUAUAGUUUAUUAUAAUACAUUUCUGCUUAGGCUCUGCCAAGUUGGCAGCAUUAGAAACACAAGGGCAAUGUUUUCAUUGUAAGUAAUGUUGGAAAUUCCUGUGACCAAUUCUGCAAUGGUGAUCCUUCAGAAUUCCUGGAAUGAUACUCAAACCCUGUGGUUUGUUGGAUUUUGACCAGUUAUUGUGAUUUAUAAACCAUAUUGCUUGUGUACUACAAAACUAAUAAAUUUUGUUUUAUUCACUAAACCAUGACAGUAUAGUAUGUAAAACUAUUCAAUAUGUUCAUGUAUUAUGCUUUGCUUUUGGUUUAAUGUGUGAAUCGUCCCAUUGGAGUUUAUUCAGCAAAUCAACUACAGAAGAACAAAUGUAUUAUUCCAGUAUUCAUAUUUCAACCACUUUAUUUCAGUUUUCAAAGUAUGGUUGCAAUAUUAUCACCCUUCCUCUUCAUCUAGUACAGUGGUUCUCAACCUGUGGGUCGGGACCCCAUUUGGGGUCAAAUGACCAUUUCACGGGGGUCGCCAAACCACACUGUCCGCCAUUUUUUUUCCUUUUCCCUAGCUGUCCUACUCCCUCUUAUUGGUGGCCACACCCACUUGGGGGUCACCACAACAUGGGGAACUGUAUUAUGGGGUCACGGCAUUAGAAAGGUUGAGAACCACUGAUCUAGUAUCAUCAUUCAUUACUGUAAUGAAGCAACUGCUUUGCUUGAAAACCUCCUAGGCAGUUAAUUUUGGGUAGUUAGCUUUUCCCUGAAUUAGAGUGACCUGGCACUGGUCACUAUUUUUAUUUUGUGAUGCAUUUUUGCAUAGUAUUACACUACUCAAUUUAAAUGGGUUAUUUCUUUCUAGCUAGCAUUUUAGUCAAGCCCAACAUUUCAGAAUGCAACCCGAUGUCAUCAAAGCUUGUUAAUCUAUUAUAACUGCAAGUAUUUUAAUCAUUUUUAAUAACAUGCUGUCGGAUUGAAAAAUGCUGUACACAAACUAAAGCAAAAGCAUAUAUCAAAUGUGCCCUGUAUUAUAUAACACUACACACUUUCUUGACAGUUAUUUUUUGUAGCCUGUAAUCAACAUGUGUAUAAUAUGUGGCGUAAAUAAAAAUUGCAAAAGUGGAA